GGUGUUAAUACCUAGGUGAUAUUGUAAGCAAGAGAGUGAGGGGGGCUCUAUAAAAGGUGGUUUGCGCUUGUUUUUAACCUUGGGGUAAUUGAUGUAUUGGUUUGUUUUAUUGUGCAUGCAUUGACAUUGAGAUCUCGGAUCACUGGAAGUAUUGAAGUAUUGAAAUAAAAGCAUCAGCGAGUUCCAACACAAUGGCCGGGAAAGUUGAUCCCCAUGAUCCGAGGCAGCUCACUGAUUUUAAAUUGUUAUCUUUUGAUGUGUAUUCUACGUUGGUCGACGAGAAAGGCGGACUCUUCACCGGACUCCACCCCCUCCUCUCGCGACUCCCCGAACCCCUCAAAUCCCACACCCUCAAUUCCCGCGCCUCCACCCUCCAAACCUUCCAAACCCACGAACACCAUCUCCAAAAAACACACCCCACACUCCCCUACCCCUCCAUCCUGCAUCUCGCCUACCUAUCCUUCGCGCAAUCGCUCCCCCUGACCCCUCCUCCCGACCCCUCCGCUCUCGAAUCUGAAGCCCAGGAAUUCUCACAGAAGAUUCCAAACUGGCCCGCAUUUCCCGACACCGUGUCCGCGCUGCAGAAAUUGCACAAGCAUUACAAACUUGUGAUUUUGUCGAAUAUCAAUGAAGAGUCUAUAGAAGGGACGAUCAGGAAUAAUAUAGAUGUAGGAUGGGAUGCAGUGUACACGGCUCAGAGAAUCGGGAGUUAUAAGCCUGAUUUGAGAAAUUUUGAGUUUUUGAUUGAGCAUGUUGAAGAGGAUUUGGGGGUCAAGAAGGAGGAGAUUUUGCACACAGCGCAGAGUUUGCGAGCCGAUCAUGUGCCUGUGAAGAAAAUGAAUAUGACUGGAGUUUGGAUUGAUAGGGGAAAUGAAGGACAGGAUUAUGAAAAGUUGAAGGAUGAAGUCGUUUAUGCAUGGAAGUUCAGCACUUUAGGAGAAAUGGCCGACGCAGUGGAAGAGGCGUUCGAAGCCCAGGGAAAGAAGGUAUAGAUAACAGCAUACAGCAGUAGCAUGCAAAGCAUAAUAUUUGGUUCUCUGA